UGCAAUCCAACGCAUCUCGUCGUAUUGAAGAGAGUUUCUAAUCGCGCAUUUACAAGGUUUCUUUCACCACUUUUGUUUCCAGUAAGAAAGUUGGACAUAGACAGAAGUUAUCUCGUACAGUUCUUGACCGCGGGUGACUUUUUGGAGGUUUAUGCGGAGAGUAAUCAUUGGGAUUGCGUCGCGACAUGUUUCUUUAUAGAUUGCGCCAAUAAUGUUGUGCAAUUUAUAGAAACGAUCUACAAGAUCCUAAAGCCGGGCGGCAUCUGGAUAAACCUCGGACCAUUGCUCUAUCAUUUCAGCGACCUACCAAACGAGGAGUCGAUCGAGCCCAGUUACGACGCCAUCCGCGACGUUAUACUUGGCUUCGGCUUUCAAUUGGAGAAGGAGCAGGCAAAAGUGAAAACGCGUUAUGCCCAAAAUAUAAACAGUAUGUUACAGUGCGAAUACAAUAGCGUGUACUUUGUUUGUCGGAAGCCCGACCGACAUGAAGACGGUGUGAAUCACAAUCAGAACGGAGACGAAACUAAUAGUGCGCGAGAACAAGAAAACUGAUUAAAGCGUGAUUAAUGACGUUUUUCUUUGAAAGAAGAAAUGUUGAACACUUGAAAAGUUAUUGCUUAAGUGCACCCGUGUUUCAUGAACUAUAUAUAGAUACAC